CAGUUAGGGCUGAGGCCACAGGGCCAGUUCUCCCCCCUGCACUCUUUGGCCUGUGUGCUGUUGAAAAGCUGUGCAGAAGCCGAUACCCAAGUGAUGGUCUCAUGGAGCCUGUCAUUGCGCCCGAGUUUGAUUUAUGUUUUCGUCCACGAUGUGCUUUAGGAUUUCAAUAAGAUGUUUGUGUGUUUUGAGAUGAUCAUUUUUUUCCUCGUCUUCAACAUCCACGAUUUCGUGCAGGCUCAGGAUUCAUUAUGCUGUCACCAUGGAAGGGAAAUUUCACGAUGUAGGGAGGCCUGUGAGCAGCUUUCUACCAUAAAGAGUGAAUCCCGUUUAAAACAUCUACUACAACGGUUACCAAGCUACUGUCCAGAAUCUAUGAAUGAACUUUGGGUUUGCAUCAAUUCCACUUUACCUGGUGCAUCCAAGAAGUCUGAAGGGUGGGUUGGCCUUGGGUGCUGUGAACUAGCAAUUGACCCAGAUUGUCGGCAAGAGUGCAAGUUGGCAUCAUCCAAGAAUGACAUUAGAAAAAAAUGCGAGAAAGGAUUUGAGAAUGCUCUCUACAGUUGUAUCAGCAGAAAUGAAAUGGGUUCGGUGUGUUGCAGCUAUGCAGGAAGACACACAAACUGCAGAGAAUAUUGUCAAGCAAUUUUCCGGACAGACUCCCCACCUACUCUCUCCCAGAUAAAGGCUGUUGAAGAUUACUGCCAGAGCAUCAGCCCAGAGUUAAUAAGCUGUGUUGAGAACUACACAGAGUCCUAUCCAAUUAAAAAUCCUAUUGACAGUUUGUAUUGCUGUGAAAGAGCUGAUGAUGCUCACUGCCAGACUGCUUGCAAAAGAAUUCUGAGGACAAUGAAGACGGAAAACGAAAUCAUAGAUGGGCUGAUCAAGGAAUGUGACAAACAGCCUUUGCCCCAGGAUCCACUCUGGCAGUGUUUUCUGGGAAAUGCUGGAUCUGGCAACAAUGGUGUUUCUGUGGAUACUUCCCCAUCUACUGGGCUGGAUAGUGCAAAGCUGCACUGCUGUUACAAAGCCAAUACCACAAUCUGUAGAGAGUUGUGCUUCACAGUCAGUACCAACUGGGGCAGCACACAGAGCUGGCAGGAGUUUGACCAGUUCUGUGAGUACAACCCUAUGGAGGCUGCGAUGGUGAACUGCUUGGCUGAUGUUCGGGAGCCAUGCCAGCUGGGCUGUAAAGAUCUGACAUACUGUACAAACUUCAACAACAGGCCUACCGAGCUCUUCAGGAGCUGCAAUGCUCAGUCAGACCAGGGAGCCAUGAGUGAUAUAAAACUUUGGGAAGAAGGGAGCAUCAAAAUGCCCUUCAUGAAUAUCCCAGUCUUGGACAUCCGGAAAUGUCGCCCAGAAAUGUGGAAGGCUGUAGCCUGUGCUCUGCAAAUCAAGCCGUGCUACAGCAAAUCGCGGGGAAGUGUCAUCUGCAAGUCAGAUUGUGUGGACAUAUUGACACACUGUGGAGACCACAGUAAAUUUAACGAGGGACAAAGUCCUGAAACCAUCUGUGACCUUCUCUCACCAACAGAUGACCCAGAGCGCUGCAUUCCCCUGCAGAGAUACCUCAGCCCCAGUUCCCUAGGAGAUAUCAUAGAGGAGGUGAUUCACCCCUGUAACCCCAACCCCUGCCCCAGCAACCAGCUGUGUGAGGUGAACAGGAAGGGGUGCCAGCCAGGGCAGGAGUGUCUACCUUACUUCUGUGUACAAGGCUGUAAGCUGGGAGAGGCUUCUGAGUUCCUUGUCCACAGGAGGGCUCUGAUCCAAGUUCCCUCUCCUAAGGGAGAGGUGGGCUGCUAUGAGAUAUGCACAUGUGGUCAGAGUGGCCAUCUGGAGAAUUGUGUGGACAUGCCCUGUGUUGACACUGAGAAAACCUGCAUUGUUGGAGGCCAAAGACAAAGCCAUGGGACAUCCUUCAAAGUGGACUGCCACACCUGCUCCUGCUUUGCUGGAGAGAUCGUCUGCUCCACCCGCCAGUGCCUGAGCAAACAGAGCUCUGAAGAGGACAGGCGCCGCUUUACUGGUCUGCCAUGUGGCUGUGCUGACCAGUUUGUGCCUGUAUGUGCCAAGAAUGGACGCACCUACCCCAGUGCCUGCGUGGCUCGCUGUAUGGGCCUGAAAGACAAUCAGUUUGAGUUCGGCACCUGUCGUGACAGUGAUCCGUGCUUUCCCAAUCCCUGCCGUAAAGGCCAGAGAUGUAUACCAAAACGGAAAGUGUGCCUGACAAGCAUUGAUGAUUACCCCUGCACUCAGUAUGAAUGUCUGACAUUUUCUGGGCCGUGUGACCACUCUUUGGUGGAUCCAGUGUGUGACAUAGACAAUAUGGAGCAUCCUAAUCUCUGUGAGCUUUACAAAAGUGGAAAGACCCUUGCCUACAUCGGUCAUUGCCAGGAUGCCUGCAAGAAACCAAAUCCUGUAUGUGGUCACAACGGGGAGACCUACUGCACAGUGUGCGCUGCCUAUUCAGACCGCGUGGCUGUGGACUACCCUGGCCGCUGUCAUGCUGUGGGGGUGGUGUCUGAGGUCAGCACAGAUUCAGGGUGUGCCACCAUCAACUGUCCGGCACUCCCCACAAAAGGAUGCAAUCCAGUUAUACCACCAGGAGCAUGCUGUCCCUUGUGCGCAGGAAUGCUUCAGAUUCUGUGGACUAAAGAGCAAAUGAAUGUCUUUGCGAAGCUCAAUAACAACAAGCCUGUGACAAUCCAUGAUAUCCUCCAGAUACUGCGACUCCAUAUUUCAGUACCGCAGUGUGACAUAUUCGGCUAUCUAAGCAUCGAUUCAGAGAUUGUGAUCCUCAUUGUGCCUGUUGAUGAGCGGCCCACUCCCCUGCAGAUAGAGGCUUGCAACAAGGAAGCUGAGAAGAUUGACUCCCUGAUAAACUAUGGAAGUCCCACCCUAGUUUCCCAUGUGCCACUGUCGGCCUUCACUGUAUCAGAGGUGAAGGUCUCCACAUUGACCUCUGCUGCACCUGCUCUCGCCAUGCCUGUAUAUUUCUCACUUCUCCUGAGCUUUUCCUUCACUCUUUUUGUUAGCCUUUAAGAUUGUAGCUGCCUCUUACUGAAUGCUGAAAGUUAAAUUAAAGUAUGUGUGUAAAGGCCAUGCUUUUACCGAAAAAAUGUGUUAGGAUACUGAAAAGGAAAAAAGAAAAUUGUAUAUUCCUAAUGAGGGCAGUUAUGAUCACUUCUGCUGCUAUGAAGGCUUAAAACAUUUGCCUCCUUAGGGAAUGUUAACCAAUCCGUUUGCUUUUUUGAAAAGUGAUGGGCUUCACUUGCUGAGGUUCUGCUCUUUGUGUUUAGAGACUGAGAACAGUUCUGCACCCUGACACAUAGUUUGUUUCCUCUAGAAAUAGCUAUAGUCAAAUGAAAGGAAAACAGCAGAGAAGCUGGUGGCAUUUUGGUCUGGGAAGAUGGUGAUGUAUUAUGGACAUGCCAGCUCUCUUCUGCUCAGAAAUAAUUGCUAAGGCUCAGAGGAUGAAGUUACUAUAUUCAAAACUAGUAUGCAGGUUUAGACAUUUCUUAUUGUAAAUAAGAACGGUGAAGAGAAGAAAAUCAAACUGGAAGAGCUAUUACCUAUAAAAACACCAUCAUUCAUAAGCUGAAAGAGAAAAGGGAUUUAUUUUGUUCCUGUGUAAACAUAUUAAAAGAAAACAUGCUCAGAUGAAGAAAACCAAUAGCCAUGUUUAUGAUAAUGACAAUCAUUGCUUUAUCCACAUGUGGAUAAUAUGACAACAUGCCUUACUAAAGAAAUAUAAAUAAAUCAUAUAUAAAGUAAUGCAAUAAUUUUAUAAUGUUUAUAUUGUAAUUUUUAAGAAUUUGAACUUUGUUCAAUGUGUGGAUGCUUGAAAUAGGAUCCAUCAAGUUUUCUUAAAAACAAUUAAGAAGCAAGAUAUACAGUAGAUGUGCCAUUCUAAAUGUUAUUGUACUUGCAUGAUGACUAAUUAUGAAGUGUUUUAUUCCAGAAUGUACUGUGGUGACUCACUCUGUUGUGUGUUUGUUUUUGCGUUGUUUGUCCAAGCAUCCCUGCUACCUGCCACAUGAAGUGAAUUUGUCUCAGUAUUAUUGUGCUAGGCAGCUUUGUAGAAUUAAACUUUUACAGAAGGGUUUCUAUUUUCCUGUUUUUGUUUGUUUUUAUUUUUAUAUUUCAAUAAAAAUUUUUGCCAACGUAAAUGUGAUAUGUACUGCCAAAAUGUAGAACAUAUAUAAAUAUAGGCACUUAAGCAUAACUUUAAACCUCAGUUUUUUGCAUCGUGUUUUAGCAAAAACGCCAGUAUUUGUGAGUUCUUAAAAUGCCGACAAUGCAUAUUUUAUUACCUAUAAAAUAAAACUCUGUCAAAAGUG